GAAGCCCAGAGCCGCCGUCGUCGACGUCGCCAGUGCCUGCACCUCUGCUGCUGCCCGCGACCCCCCAGCCCCUCCGCCCGAGGCCCCGAGUCGGCCCUACCGCCGACCCCCGCUGGGCGCUGCGAGGCCCCUGGCGUUGGCAAGGCCGGGCCCGGCCCCGACGCCGCUCCGCCUCGCGCAGAUCCCGACUGUCUCGAAUCGCGUCUCAGCGCUGUCUUCUUUCCCAGGACUGGUUUCGUGGGGGCCGCAGGCGCGCAGACUCGCCCCCCGCCGGAGCGCCCCGGCCCGGCCCCGGAGCGGCCCCUUGUAGACGUUCGAGGAGCCAGCUGAGUGCCGUCCCGGCGCCCGACCGCCCACCGUCCGGCCCGCUUCUUCCUGAUGCAGACUGCCGUCCACUAGAGGCUGGACGGACCCCCGAGGUGAUUCAUGGCAGGGGACGUGGAAGGAUUCUGUUCCUCCAUCCAUGACACCAGUGUCUCUGCUGGGUUCAGAGCACUGUAUGAGGAGGGAUUGCUUCUUGAUGUCACUCUGGUUAUUGAAGAUCAUCAGUUCCAGGCCCAUAAAGCACUCUUGGCCACCCAGAGUGAUUACUUCAGAAUUAUGUUUACCGCAGAUAUGAGGGAGCGAGAUCAGGACAAAAUUCAUUUAAAAGGUCUAACUGCUACCGGUUUCAGCCACGUCCUUCAGUUUAUGUACUAUGGAACUAUAGAACUGAGUAUGAGUACUGUUCAUGAGAUUCUUCAGGCUGCCAUGUAUGUUCAACUUAUAGAAGUGGUGAAGUUCUGCUGCUCUUUUCUAUUAGCAAAAAUCUGCUUAGAAAACUGUGCAGAAAUAAUGAGACUCUUAGAUGAUUUCGGUGUAAACAUCGAGGGAGUCAGGGAGAAGUUGGACGCCUUUCUGCUAGACAACUUCGUACCACUCAUGUCCAGGCCUGACUUCCUGUCUUAUCUGAGCUUUGAGAAGCUCAUGUCUUACUUGGAUAAUGAUCAUCUGAGCAGGUUCCCAGAGAUAGAGCUGUACGAGGCUGUGCAGUCUUGGCUGCGGCAUGAUAGAAGACGCUGGAGACAUACCGAUACCAUCAUUCAGAACAUCAGGUUUUGUUUGAUGACCCCAUCCAGUGUUUUUGAGAAGGUUAAGACAUCAGAAUUUUAUAGAUACUCCCGACAGCUGCGCUAUGAAGUUGACCAAGCCUUGAAUUACUUUCAGAACGUUCACCAGCAGCCUCUGUUGGACAUGAAAUCAAGCCGCAUCCGCUCUGCCAAACCCCAAACUACAGUAUUCCGAGGCAUGAUUGGACAUAGCAUGGUUAACAGUAAAAUACUUCUCUUAAAGAAACCAAGAGUCUGGUGGGAACUGGAGGGCCCACAAGUACCUCUGCGUCCGGACUGCCUUGCUAUCGUGAAUAACUUCGUGUUCUUGUUGGGUGGGGAAGAACUGGGCCCAGAUGGCGAAUUCCAUGCUUCUUCCAAAGUGUUCAGGUAUGACCCGAGACAAAACUCUUGGCUCCGGAUGGCAGACAUGUCUGUACCACGUUCAGAAUUUGCAGUUGGUGUUAUUGGAAAGUUUAUUUACGCUGUAGCAGGCAGAACCAGAGAUGAGACUUUCUAUUCAACAGAGAGAUAUGAUAUCACCAAUGAUAAAUGGGAAUUUGUGGAUCCUUAUCCAGUUAACAAGUAUGGACAUGAGGGGACAGUGCUCAAUAACAAGUUGUUUAUCACUGGUGGAAUCACCUCAUCUUCCACCUCCAAACAAGUGUGCGUGUUUGACCCCAGUAAAGAAGGGACCAUAGAACAGCGGACCAGGAGAACUCAAGUAGUUACCAACUGUUGGGAGAAUAAGAGCAAAAUGAAUUACGCUAGAUGUUUUCACAAGAUGAUUUCUUACAACGGCAAGCUUUAUGUCUUCGGUGGUGUCUGUGUGAUCUUGAGGGCCUCUUUUGAGUCUCAGGGAUGCCCUUCCACAGAAGUGUACAACCCAGAGACUGAUCAGUGGACCAUCUUGGCGUCCAUGCCAAUUGGUAGAAGUGGCCAUGGUGUGACUGUGCUGGACAAACAGAUAAUGGUUCUUGGAGGCCUUUGCUACAAUGGUCAUUACAGCGAUUCUAUUCUCACUUUUGAUCCGGAUGAAAACAAAUGGAAGGAAGAUGAGUACCCGCGGAUGCCCUGCAAGCUGGAUGGUUUACAAGUAUGCAACCUGCAUUUUCCAGAAUAUAUACUGGACGAGGUCAGACGUUGCAACUAAUGGCAUCUUUCUCCCUUCAAUAAAGCCAAACAAAAAAUUUGUUUGAGACAAAGUAGUUAAUUAAAACACAUAAAGAAGAACCUCACUAGUUUUACUAUCAAAGCCAUUGGUCUAAUACAUGAAAAUGUUUUCAUUCUGUUCUCGCAUCCUGUUUUUUCUUUUUAGUGGCCUCAAACUCAUGCAAUAAGUCAAUUCUAAGCACUAGCUCUUGAAACUACUUCCAGAAGCAGUUUAAUAGAACGAUUCACUUAUCUGGGAAGUUGAUGUUAUGCUUUAAACAUUUCUUUCAAAUGUCAGUGUAGGAGUCAUGCAUCUUCUAAGAGAAGACCUGAUAAGUGUCACUGGAUGUAAUUUCAGUUCCUAUCUCUAUCUGAAAUCUUUUUGAACAUUUAUUUCGGUGUAUUGCAGUCUGUUAGACUUUUUGAUUUUAUUUUUUAAGUUUAAAACUCUUGACCUUUUUGCAUGGCUUUUUGCUGAAAAUGCAAAAAUAUAAAUUUUCUACAAAUUUAACUUUUUUAUAUUCAGAACACUAUUUCUAAGCUGCCUUCUCUUAUCUGCAUUGUGUUAGUGAGAGCAUAUCCAUACUUGCUUACAUCUUAUGAAUAUAUAAGGCACAUCCCCUUUUAUGCGUGGUUAGGAUUCUAUAUUUUUAAGCUAGUGCACUUGCACACAUGGUUUGCCAUACUUGUUGUAUUCUAGAUGUAACGUCUUUUCAUGUAUUAACAUUUUUAGAAAGUUAAAAGAACUGGAGUCCUCGUUUGGUAUCAGAGUAGCCUAUCUUCAGUCCAUACUGAUUCAGUAAUAUUCAAACUCCUUAUAUUCCUGAAACAUGUAUGGUUUUAUGAAAACUAACAUUUUAUGUUUUAUUUUCAAAAGUAAACGUUAGUGUUGCUUAUCGAUGUAUGUCUUCUUUUUGAAAAUGUUUUUCUUUGCAGUCUGUUUAAUGUUACCCUGUUUUUAGUGAGAAUCGGAGUGGUAUAUGACAAGCCCUGGCCCUGCAGCGUGCAAGCACUUUUAAAGAGAAUUUAGGUAAUACCAGAGUCCUAAAUAAAGGCCCCUUAAAAGUAAGUGCAACUCCCAUUCUUUACAUUCAAUAAGGCUGCUGCAUCUGUUAUUGAAUGGAAAGUAGCAACUUGUGGAAAAUUUGAGCUCAGUUUUGACUUAGAGGUAAGGAAUAGAAUUAUAAUCUUAACUGGUCAUAUCUACUUGUUUAUUUAGUACAAAAUAUUUAGUGGCACUGGGGAUGUAAGCCCUCAGCUUUUGUUUUAUUUACUGAAAGCUACUAGCAUGAAAGAUAGUAACCUCAAAGUUCAGAAUGGAUCAAGAAUAACUGUUUAAAAGCAUUUAUAGUAAGUGUUUUAGGAUUAGCCGCACCUUUCAACUCUUUAAACUCGAAGAAAAAGCAUAUAGUUGUCAAAAUUAAGCAAGAAUAACCAGGGAGUGGAUCAUUCAAACUGAUGCCAUUUUCUUCUGAGUAGACUCUAUAUAUGAUACAGACUAGAUCUACACUGGCAAAACUUGCCAGAUCUUAGGAUAUUGGUGCAAUAUUGCAAUGCCUUCUAUAUGGCUGUUGUGUAAAUUUUCUAGUUUCACUUUUUUUUUUUUGCUGCUGCCGCCACUGAAUAUAAAAUGGAAGAGUGAAAUCAUGGAAAUGUGAAGACUUGUUUCAUUUUUGCAAUUAAAAUAGACAACUAUGAAAAAAACCUGAUUUUAAAACUCUACAACUGGAGGCUAGAAACAGUCAGGUACAUAAGUAGUUUUUUAAAAAGCGAAACAUUGGGAUUGGCUUUAGAAAUCAACUUAAUAUUCUUUUGUAUAUGAGACUUAAAUUUUUAUUAAGUGGUCCUAUCAUUUACUUUCAGUUUCUAAAAAUGAAAUUCAGUAUCCUGUUUCCCAUGGUAAUAUGGGUAAAAGCCUUUUUCUACAUCUUAAAAAUCAUUUUUAGUCAUUUUACUUUUGAAAACUAGGAGUUAGAUUAGCCGUUUAAUUCUUUUUCUAAUAUAUUAGUUGGCUUAGUGUUUUAUAUGUGUGCCGUCUUGCUUUAAAGAAAAUAACAGUAACGUCUUCAUUAUUUUCCUCAUUGUUGUCUUUUGCUGGAAAAGACCGAGACAGGGAACCCCAUCAGGCUUUUACACUCCAGUGGUGGUUCUCUUUAAUUGCUUAGAUAUGACUUCGUAGUCCUAGUUAAAGUAAGAUCUGGGCAAACAAUUGAAUAUUCUUGGUCUUCAUUGUAAAAACACAAGGCCAAGAUCAAAGUUCAUGUUUUGGAAAAUUUGUGAAAUCUUUUAACUUGAACUAACUCUGGGUUAAGCUUCACACGUAAGUCAUGUCUGACCUGAUGUCAGCUGUAAUCAGUUUUGAGCUUUAAGAAUAGUUGUUAUUGCUUGGGUUCUGAAUGUAUGAGAAAACUCUUCUGUUUAUAUGUAGUGCUAAUUUAGCUUAUUUUAAAUCCAUGAUUAACUUACAUUCCCUUUUAAAAUUAUGGUUUAAUUGCUGAAAGAGAUUUAUUUUUGUUAUACUAUGGAAAAUUUUUUCAUAGAAUUUUUUUCAAGUUUAUUUUUUGUGUGCUUCAUUUGGAACCAUUUUUGUUUAUAUACAUUAUAUGUGCUCAAAAUAGUUUUUUUAAAAUUCAGUAAGAUUUAAAACUAUACAGUGUAAUUGCUGUGAUCUUUGUGUGUUAAUUUUCACUUUACAUUUUAAAUGCCAGACUUUACAAAAAUAGCUGAUUUUUGUUAAUUGCAUCUUAAUUAGAAACGUUUGUUCUCUUCCAUGUCUUUGACCUUCUAAGUUUUUAUUUUAAUCUGCUUAAAGAAAAUCCUUGCACUACAACCUUUUCAUAAAAUUCAAGAUUCUCACGUUGAAGGUUUUGUAUUGGAAGAAAUACUACUGGUUUUUAAAAAGUAAAGCUUAAUUAAUAGAAUUAUUAGCUUUUCUUGAGACAGCUUUCUCUGUGUCCUCGUUACUCUGUGUGAGUGUUACUAUAAUUUGUGAAAUAUCGACUGAGCCCUUCACUUAUCUUUCCUAAAGCAGCACCUUUGGACACCUCAUUCUGGGAAGCCUGCUCGAGUCAUAGUAAAGGACACACAUUUGUGUGGGGAGAAGUGGUAAAAAUGGUUUUGUCUUAAUUACAUGAAACUAAGCUUUAAAGUAUUUUAUAACAAAUUAUUUGAGCUGCAUUAUCUAAACAUGUCAGACGUUCAGUGGGACUAUUUUUAUAUAUGUAUAUGUGGUUGUAGGUCAUAACAUUUCAGUUUAUAAUAUAAAUUGUUAUUUCAGUUUAUAAGCUAUCUCUCAGAAAAGACUAGCUCUUUUGAGAAUACGUAAUUUAAAAUUUUAGACUGAAGUAAAACACAACAUAGAUAAUAGUGUAAAUUAGAUAUAAAUGAGGGCUAUAUGGCAGUAAAACUGCUCGUGCCAUUUUUCCUGUUUGCCUAUUAUACAUUUUUUAUUUUUUUUUGUACUCUGAACAUUUUUAGGGAUCAUACAUUCUAUCAGAUUAGAGUUGGUUUGGGGAUAAAUAUCUUCUAAAAAGAGAUUUAUCUUAAAAAUGAAAGUCCUGAAAAAUUAGUUUAUCAAGAGUUUAUAAAGUCAAAUAUUCAAUAGACAUAGACUGGAAUAGGUAAACUCAUGGAAGUCGUUUCCUUUCAGUAUACCAGUAUAACUUCAAUAUUACACGAGUAACAUUGAGAGAAUGCUGUCAGCUUUGUUUGUUCCUCCUUAAUGUUCUUAGAUUUUCUUUUUACAUCUUUGGGAACAACUACAUUAAAAACCUUAUUAAUCAGUAUAUCAGUAAGGAUUAGGUGUUUGCUUUCUGAAGGAAUGUUCCAGUGAGGUGAUCAGAGAGGUUAUUUUCUAUCUAACUUGUAUAUGCCCUAUACCCCUUGGGCAUAUUUUGUCUAUAGAAAAAAUAUUUUGACCUUUAGGUACAUUUUGGGCCAGUAGUCAAAUAAUCCUAGGGCCGAUUUAAAAAUCUUAGAAUAAUUUAAGGUUUGCCUUUUAUACCUGUUUUGGAAGCCUUUACAUUUUUGUCAGGUAAUUUUUCCCAAGCCGUGAAUAUAAUCUAUUCAAAACAUGUUUAUGCUAUCCAUUCUGUUUUUAAAUUGAAAAAAAAUGUUAAAAGUGUUUAUGAAGAAAAGUUUAAAUAAAAUAUUUUUAAUCUUUAAAAUAUACUUCAUCUCUUAUUAUUUUCUAUCUUGAUAUAAUCUAUCACUUUCAAAGUCACUCAUGACUUGAUUAACAGUAUACAUUUUGUUUUCCUUCAAUGUGCCAAGGAAGUGCCACAAAAAUGUAAUUUCUACCGAUGCUUUCAGCCACAGAUUGAAAUGAGAGCAUUUGAGUGAAAUUAUUUACACUUACAUGCAAUGGAAAUUUUAUAGUGAAGCCAAGUAAUUAAAGUUCCACUAACAGAGUUUUGCAGAAUGGAAAUAGAGAACUGAGAAAAAGCAUUUAUAAGCCCUCAAGCCUUAGUUUGGUGAUUUUUAGAUUUCCUUAGCAUUUUUGAUUCAUUGUUCUUAAAGGCAUUUCUGAAAUUAGGGAAUCUGGUAGAAAUGAAUCUGCUACAACACAAGCACUUGGAUAUAUUUAGGCACAUGUAUGCCUUCUUUAAAACGGACUCCUGAGAAACAUGGACAGGAUUCCCUGGAUCCUGGCCUCAAGCCACCUUUCCCGCCUCUUUCUGUCACUUCCCGCACUCUAUUCUGUUGUGAUCUUUGCUAAUUUCCAGCUUCAAAUCGCUUGCCUUGUUUCCCCUUCCCUGCUUGCAAAGUCCACUUAUUUUGCAAAGCCCAACUCAAAUGCGCUCCUCCCCUCCUGAAACCUGUUUUAUCUCUUCCAUUGAAUUAACUGCCUCUUCUAUGCUCAACACAUUUAUAGCUCUUAUUUCAUUUCAUUUUGCAUACUAGUUGGGUGUAAUUCCUUCCACAAUUAGAUCAUAGUCUCCUUGGAUGAAGGGACCUUCUUUUAUUCCUCUUUGUACCCUCAUAUCUAGCAUGAUACUUUUUGUACAUAAUAGGCACUGGGCUAAAUGUUUAUUGCUAUAUGAGUUACAAAAAGAUUCUGUAGGCAUUUGGAAGAGGGAGAUAAUAUAGUUCCUCAGGGUUUUUGUCUCUGCUUUUUUCUCAGUCUAUACAUUCCCUGUCCAGUUUCACCCACAUCUAUGGCUCCACCUACCACUUUUAUUCUGAUACCUGUUAAAUCUAUUUCUCAACCCAGAGUUCCAACCAUCUUCUGAACAUCUCUCACAUGUUUUAUUGGAAUCUCAAACUGGACAAGUGCAAACCUCAAUACAUUAUCUUCUCCCCCCCAGACCUGCCCCUUGUCCUGUAUUCCAUGUAUUAUUAUGUGGCGCUACCUUUGCCUUUCUCCCACUUCACCCCAACGUCUUCACCCACUCCUAUCACUUUAAACUCUCAACUGCCCUCACCUUGCCAUCCAUGCUGGCCUCCUGGAGCUUUCUCUCUGAUCUUCUACCUCCACAAUCCAUUUUCUACACUGCUUCCAGAGUGAAAUUUCAAAAGGUAAACCUGAUCCUGAGAUUCAACAGCCUUUAGUAAUCCCCCUUCACCGUGAGAAUAAGAUUCAGACUCCCUAGCAUGCCGUUCAUACCUGUUCAGUCUCUCUUGUGCCCUAUUCUCUAGCUAUGCAAGCUGCUGGGAGUUCCCUGAAUAUGCCAUGUUCUCUCCAGCCUCUCUGCCUUCACACAUGAUCUUUCCCUCUUCUUUUCCUGGCUAACCCUUUCUUGGCCUUCAAGAACCAGCCUGGGCAUCAUGGCCUUUGUCAUCUUUUUUAAAUGUCCCCUUGGUCUUACCAUAGCACCUUGUGGAUACCUAGACCCCACCUCCUCUAAAACUUGAUUAUAAAUGUCUUCUUUACCUUACCUUUAACUGUACUCAUUGAGGACAGAUGCUGUCUUUUUAUUUUCCAAGAGUCUGACUUAAUGUCUGGCAGAUGAUAAGUCUGCCUUAAUAAAAAUAGAACCCAGAAACUUGGAAGAUCACCAGUGAAGUACUGCUGGUGAGGAGGGGCAGCUGUAUUAGAGAGCUAGAUUGUCCGCCAAAAUUGACCUCCCAGAGGAAUUUCCCUCCAUUCAGUUUCCACUACCAUCCCUCCUAUGUCUAAAAGGUUGAUGCAUACAGCUAUCACAGUUGUCAACAGAUAGUUCUUCCCUUAAUAUCCAGUAUUUCUGACCCAGGCUGAAAAUGUCAAAUAAAACAAGACCAAAGGGUGUUUUGCAGAUCAUUAAUCCCCUGAAAUGCUCUUGGGGUGGGGGGGGGGAUAGUGUUCAGUGGUCACGAUAAUCUGAGGAAACCCUACAUAUCAUUUCUCUUUCUUAGAGAAUCUCAAACAUUAGCAUGUUAAAAGCCUCUGAGAAGUCCUUAUGUAAAUUCCUUUGAUUUUGUUUAGCUAGGUGUAAAUCAAACAUUUGACCACGGAGCUCUUUUUUUCAUGGAAUAUAUAUGAUCCAUGAAUGCUCUUGAAAAAACCUGGCUAAGGAGUAACUGAAAGAAAACAAGCACAGAGGACCACUGAUUCAGGCCCUCUGGUUUACAAAGUAGGACUUAACUCCUGCAGCUCCAGUUAGCUUCCAGGCUUGAAGUGAAAAUCUUGCCAAGGCAACAUUACCCUGGGGAUUUCACAUCCCAAGGAAGGUCCCACCUUCUCCCCCCAGGAGUAAGAUAAGUUUGUGUGAUUAAUUUGUACAACUUGUAUGAUUUAAGGAGCAGGACUUCCAGAAUGGCCAACUAAGGAGCUCAGCAAAUCCUCUCCCUAAAAAAAAAUGAUAAAAGUGAACAAACUUGUCAAAAAAAAUGUAAAGACUCUGGAAAUUGACCAAAGGCAUCCAACAACUUGAGAAGCACUUAUUCAAGAAAAUGUACUGAACCUCAGUAAGGACAGUGGGAGUCUGAUGUCUUAGCCUGGGGCUGUUCUCAUCCUAACUCCUUGUUCCCCAGCUCUGUGGCAUGGAAAUUCUACCAGGACCAUUGGAGGGGUCAGCCUUUCUCUGGAAUGGAGUGUGGAGAAUUCCAUGUGUCACUGUGGCCGACACUGCAGCUAGCCUGAGGUCUCAAUAGUGAUUGGGUUUAGCAAUAGACUAGUGGACAGACCAGGAGAUCUUGUGAAUGAGCUAUUUACUUUAACCCUGGUGGUCUAGGAAGCUGUGCUUAUGGACAAGUCUGUGUGUAACUAAGGGGAGAACUAAGAGGGCCCUAGCAAGCUACUUGUCCCUGGCUGGAUGUGAGGCCUUGCAAGCACAGAAAAUAAAAGCUGUAAUAGACUUGGAAACUGCACAGACUUUGAAUGCAUUCCCCAGGCCACACACAGAGAUUGCUCAGCAAAGGGCAGAAGCUUUACUGGCUCAAGGUGUUUAAGUGUAACUUCUGACCAAUCAUUGGCUGACCACAAAGCUAUGAUGACUCCGGUGAUCCCUGGGCAUCCCAGUUUAAAAAUAAAAACAAGAGUUAAAAAAAAA